AUGGAAGAUGAAAAGGAAACGAAAGAGGAAGAUCAGCCUUCCACAAGUAAAAAAGCAAGUCCGGAUGAAAACAUGAUCGAUAAUACGAGGCGUGAUGAAACAGAAACUAAUAGUGAAACUUCGGUGACUGGUUCCUAUUUUGCGAGGAGCAGAGUAGAUAUGGCAGAUAUAAGAUCAGAUGCUCCAAAGGUCCCUAUCGUUACUAAACGAGAAAGAGAACCGAAAUCUCAAAUAAGAAAGAAAAGAAAAAUAAUGAGACGCGCUGGACGGGUGGAGAAGAGACAUAGGUCUUACUCAAGGCGUGAAAUGAAACGGUUCUCGAGAAGAAAACCGCGGGUUAGACAAGAGAUAAAAGAGGAUCCAUCAGUGACUACUAUAUACACAAGAUUAUCUUCGAGAAGUGUCUCCAGAGUGCAACUAUGCUCGCAUUGUGGACACCGAUGCUGUCGCAGAAGGUAG